AGCGUCUCGCGUCGUCUCGUCGUCUGCAUCGAGGUGCGAGUGACAGUUCGUCUGUGUCAGUCUGUGUUAUUGACAGUUAAAUGUCGACGGAACGUUGGCGUGAACGGUGCUUCGCAUGAUGAGCGACUACGUGAAGUUGGCGGCGGACGUGCGCGAUGCCGCGAUGCUUCGCGCCGCGGUGCCGUGAGAGCCAGUCGUGGAGCAAGCAAGCGACGGCGCCUGAUCGAACGUCUUCGUCGUCGCCUUUUAUCUAUCUGCGAGAUUCGGUCCACUCGGACUCGCGCUUUGGAUUUUCUCGUCGGAGCGUUCCAUGAUUUACGUCGCGUACGCGGACGUUCCUCGCGUUUGAUCGCGCCUCGCGACUUCCAUGAUCACGAUGUGAGCCCGCUUCGAGAAUCAAGCGAUCAAAUCGAUCAUUAUUAUCGUCUUCGUAACUGUCAUCGACGCUGCCAUCGACGCUGUUGACUGUGGUGGCUUCAGCAAUUUUCCGAAAGCUUUUCUCGACAGUUUGUCGGUAACACAGCAGCUGUCAGCAGUGCUAAAAACGCGGCAGGUGUUCUCAUGACGCAUCGUGUGUUUCCCCGAUCAUGACAAUCGUGAUCUGUAGUCGUGGAUGGAAAAUUGACGGCAACUGCUAGCCGCGCGAUCAAUUUCUCAUCGAUGCGUCUGUCUUCCGUACAACGCAUCUCGUAUGUACGCCUGAGGAUGGCAUCGCUGCAACUGCAACUACGGAUUUUCUAGGGAUUUUCCAGCGGUUUUUUGCGGACUUUCCUCCGAUAACGCUUGAUUUGCGAGGAUAAAUCCUUAAUUAAUUCCAUUAAUAGAAAAUUCCCUCUGAUGAUCGAUAAUUCCGACGGUACGAACUCGUUCGUGAAUUUACCGCGAGUUUUCUCGCAGCGAGGUGAGUUUCCGCGGAUGAAUUAUUCAUGACGGUGUUUGUGCAGUGGAUAGGAUCCUUUAAAACGUCACGAGCUUUUCACGACUGCGAAGUGCGAUGCAAAUCCAAGGAACAGAGAAGGGACACCUUGAAAUGUGAAAAUAUUUAAUUAAAAGUCAGGUGAAUGCUGUAAAAAGACUCGUCAGGAAAAAGAGCAAGUUAAAAACGAAGGAUAAUAGAAAAUUCGGCAUGAUCCGUGGCGGAAAUAAAACCUACCUGGAAACAUUAGGCGGGGUAGUGGAGGCAUGGAAGCCGAAGCUGACCAACCGUCUCAUCAGAGGCUCUUCAGGAGCACCUUGCCAUCACCGGCAAUAUCCGGAUUAGACGUCGUGGAAGCGUUACAUCAAACGGUCGUGUCGUUACGUUCGGCUUUGGAGUUGUCGCGCAAGGAGCUCCGUCGAUUGCAGGAAAGCGUCGGCAAUUAUCCUGGUGAGAAUUACGUCGACGUGGUGAGCCGUCUGGCCCUCGAAAAUCACAUCCUCAGGCGGAGAAUCUUGAGGAGGAGCUGCGAAUUUUCGAGCGAUGCGGCGACCAGUCCGCCACCUCAGUCGAGAGACGCCCAACUCGUCGUAGAAGCUCGCAUGGAUGAAACAGCACAUCCUGCGCAAACCACCAUGGACACAUCCCAGAAGAAGGUCACUACCGACACUCAGAACAUACCAACAAUACAGAAUCAACCAGCCUCUGAUCAGAGCAGUAAUAGCAGCAGCGGCAACGAGAGUCCCGAUCCAUCUUCCCGCGCCCCCAAAUUACAAGCUUUAUCGAAAUCCUCCAAAGCUGCAACCAAAGGCACGGCUGGUCCGAUAGAGAUUAUGGAAGCAACAUCUACAAUUCUGAAUGUUCCACAGAGUGAUAAUCGCAAAUCCUCGACUUCAACAACGAACGCGAUUAGCAACGAAGAAGAGCCUCGAAUAGAGAUCACAGACACGAGUGUGGGCCACUUAGACGUACCUGAGAAGGACACCGAGGAUUUGAGCCUGAAAUCCAUCUCUGAGGGCGACAAUUCCAUGUUUAGCGAUCACGCGGAUCAGUCACAAACGCCUCAGCAGAGCCAACCGGGCGAUUCGUCGAGACCGAACGAACACUCGGAAAACGAGUCGGAGGAGUUGGAUGACAUCGAGCUGAUAUUUACGACGGAUGAGACCUGUCGCGACCUCGGUCUGCAGGAGGACUUGGUGUCCAUCACGGAGACGGAGUCUUGGCAGCACGCGGGCGCCGGUAGCGACGGCCAACCCAUCUUACUCAAGUACACGAAAUCGGCGGAGGGCGAAUCGUUGGUGUGCAACGGCGAGAAAACCAGCUCCGUCGAGGAAGCCGUCUCCUCGCAGAGCUCCAGCAUCGACCGCGAGGAGAGCGUCGACAGAUUCGACGAGAGCUCCAACACCAGGCUCAACAAGAUGUGGUCGCAAUGCUCUGUCCUGGUCGAGACGGACAUCAGCAAGUGCGGCGUACUGGAAGAUGCUGAAAGCUCCGCGGGAUCGUCCCUGCGACAUGCCGCGAGGAGAAACACCUUGGCUGCGCCACCGACGACCUACAGACCUAUCAUUCACCGUGAAGCUCUGGCUGGUAGUCGGAGAAAGAGCUCUGCGCCGUUGCGACCAGUGAUGGAUCGCAGCAGCGGUGCACGAAGAGAGUCCGGUGCCCAAACCGAUAUAUCUGCGCUUCCAGCACAAUGGCGGUCCGAGAGCUAUCUGGCACACAAGGUCGCGCAUACCUUUACAACGUUACCAAGCAAGUUCGCUCUACCGACAGGAGUAUCCGGUCGAUUGAAACUGUCGGACAAAACUCGAGAAGCUAGGAGAGUGAUGUUAUCGGACAUCAGCUUUACUAGCAUGGUACCGGAAUUAUCGAGGAGUGCAGAUCAUCUGUGUCACGAUCCACAUGCCCAGACGUGUUUCAACUCGCGCGGCUGCGGUCUUCGUACACCGGAAGUCCACAGACGCGAAUCUCUGGGUUCGCCCGCGGGCUAUUGGCCGCGUUGCAAUCCCGCAACCGGCCUACCAAGUCCCUGCGACUGUCGGUUGUCGACAGAUCUGUAUCCUUCGCGUUAUCGCGGGUCUCUGACAUCGAUACCAUCACCCGGUCUUGAGGUCGUUGGCGGUCCGCCACGAAGGCAUUCCUGGAGAGCAACCGCGGCGUCCUUCGACACAUGGAGGGUUCCAGUUGCGACUUCCACGCCGCGUCCUACGUGGUCCUCGAUGCCGUCCUCUCCGACACACGUGCAUCCUCCGACAACCUCCUCCAAAACUUCAAAAAGUACGCCAAAGAGGACGCGAUCCAAGGUGACGUUCCAAGAGUGUCCAAUGACGCGUGGUAGUCUACCCAACUUGCGUUCAGAAUCGAUCGGCGGUGAGAAUAGCGGCGAUUCCACCGAAUCAUUGAUCGACGAAGCGGAGGAUUACCUGCGGCGCAGCAUCGACUCCAUGCUGACCAUCUCGAGUGCCAGCACGGAUUAUUGGAGUAAACAAAGGCGAAGAAGGGCGCGGAGACAUUCAGAGCCUGACUUGAUUCACGAUUGGCAUCUUCCCCAGGAUACCAGGCCAUAUUUGCCAAAGAUACCAAGGGAUCUCAAACUAGAUCACCUCGUGAAAGUCAUAUCGCCGGAGGGCAGAGUCCUCCAGGGUCGCGUAAGAUACGUAGGUCCUGUCCCAGGUCGAGAAGACGCGCAUGUAGGCGUGGAGUUACCGUCUGUCAACGGUUCAUCCGACGGUACCUUUCACGGCAGGAGAUUUUUUGAUUGCGAGCCAGAUCGGGCGAUCUUUGUUCCGUUCAAAAAGGUGGUGCUUGCCUGGUGCACCACUUGACCCGAGGCACCUGCUUCCAUGGUCACACCUCGUAUUCUGCUCUCCCAGUACACCAUGUGAGGACUCGGCGAUACGUGAGCCAUAACUAUGGAUUAUCAUUCUUGAAAGCUUAGCCGAUCCGAUCAACGAGGUAAUGUGACUGCUUCUGAUUUUUUAUGAUUAAUUCUCUCAUUCCCAUACGGAAUUGUACCUGUCUUAACUACUGUGUUAAAAUAGUCGGAAUUAAGGGACAUUUGGACGUCGCGAUAGCAGAUUCAGCAAGAUAUACCUUGAAACUUAACGCGUAACGAGCCGUUUGACGUUCCAUUGUAUACGUAACAAUGAGUAUUAUAUGACUAGUCUAAUACUAUAUGUACAAGAUAUCACAGAUCUCUCCCGUGACAUUCGUUAAUUACAGAUUUCUAAGUAUUUAGAGACUAAUACUGGACGCUACGAGUAUGUAAAACUGAAGAUACGCAUCACGCAACAAUAACGAGUAAGUUGGGAAUGGGGGAAUUAAAUAAUAGUUUUAUAUAAUACAUACGAGUUAAAAAGGAUAAAAUCUCUCCCCUAAUGAAUUUUCGGCAAGCCAAUCAAAACGAUCGACGAGUUUUUAUCAGAUUGAUUGAGAGACAACUACGUACAACAAACGCUGACAUUUUAUUUCGCAGCAUUGUGCACGCAUUGUGAUCGUACUUCACCGCAAGUAACCUCGAUGAUGGCGAGGCUUCGCUUGCUGCGAAUUAUUACAUUAGAUUGCUAAUGAGAAAUGUGUUCCUUCUUCAGAGAGAGAGAAAAAAAAACAAAUUUAUUAUUCUGACUCUGCAGUCAAUCGAUUAUUAUCAAUACACACAUCGAGAAGUGUCUUUCCACGCAUCCCGUUACGGUCACGAUUCUUGUAUCGAGAAACAGAAAACUGUGUUGGAUAAAAACUAUAUGAUAAAAACCCAAAGCAGAUCGUUUUUUGCCAUGCAUAAUAUUAACAUUAUUGCCAGGAUCCCAUUUUCCUCGCCAAUGGUAAAUCAUACAAUUUAAUCGAAAUAUAAAAUGAGAUCCACGACAAAACCUCUUUUUUGAUGUGUGUAUUUUUGACUGAAAUUGAAAAAAAGAAUAUAGAGAUAUAAAUGUAGCCCGUAAAGACGUGCGAUAAUAUAUAUAUCAGAAGCUAAUUUAUUAUCAACUUAAUAAUAUCUUCGCGCGUUGCUUACGAACUUUCGACGAACAAAUGUUUAGUGUACGUAUGUAUAUGUAUUUUACGUAUAUGUAUAUCUAUCUGUACAUUUUAAAGAGACACGCGUAUAUAAAAUGUGGGCACUACACUUGGCUGUAUAAAGACGAAUAUAAUAUCAUAUCCCCCGAGACUGUCGAUGGCUCCGAUGUUUGUUUUAUUCGGAUGCAGCAAUGAGAACCGGUCGAUGCGUUUUCCGCUGAAUUUUUAGAUCCGUAUCCGAAUAUCUCUAGCUGAAUGUUAACGUAAAAAUGACAAGAUGUUGCCAGUCCCCCUACACUAUUUAUUGUAUCAUAAUGAAUACCAGAAAAUAAAGAAAACUGAGUUACAGUAUAA